AUGCACCGCUGGAACAAGCAGGCCAUUCUUUGUACAAGUAAGGGUUCAUCAGGGUUCAUCACUCUCACCCCUGCUGUUCAUACUGUGCAUGGACACGAUGAUGAAGAGAAUCCAGAAUCCGUGGACCCUACUUUUAACGACGAUGUCAUGCUCGCGUCGGAGUCUCGAGAUGAUCUUCAGAAACAAGUACAGUGUUGGAAGUAUUGGCUGCAGCAACAUGGUUUGCGCUUCAAUGUAUCAAAAACUGAGUACAUGGAGUGCGGACCAAGGAUAGAGGAUGGUUCAAUUCUUGUCAAUGGCACCGAAUUAAACAGGGUGGAUUGUUUCAAGUACCUUGGAUCCAAAGUGACUUCCACAGGCGACAUUGAUCAAGAAGGCCGAGCACGUGUUAAUGCGGCAUGGAUGAAUUGGAAAUGCCAACAGGCGUACUGUGCGUCACGAAAGUCCUGUGAAGUCGAAGAUCUACAGGACGGCUGUGCGUCCUGUUGCCCUUCACGAAUGCGAGUGCUGGCCGACGACGAAAACCUUGGAAAGGGUGUUGCUCGUCAUGAGGAUGCGGAAGUUGAGGUGGACGAUAGGCGUAAAGCUAAAAGACAAAGUAUUCAACGACAAUGUACGCUCCAUCUUCGACGUCGUCCCGAUAACUGA